CUCAUUGCCAACAUGAGGUUCACACCAGCAGUAGCUCUGCUACCCCUUGCCUCAUCAUUCGUGAUCCACGACGCACAUGUUUUCGAAAACAUCGAAACAUCCGGUCGGCGAGUGAUUGAGAAGGGCCAAAGCGUAUUCCAAGACAUUGAAGAAUCCGCGCGCACCGCCAUUGGAAAAGGCCACCAAAUAGUUGAAAAGACACAGAAUGCUUUAGACGAUGCCUUAGAUAAGGCCAUCAGAAGUGCCAAGACAGCGGGUGAUGAUGUCUACAGCAAGAUCCACAAGGCAGGCUGCGAUGUCGAGUCCUGGUUGGAGGGCUCUUCCUUUGAAGACCCCUUCAUCACCGUCUCUGACGAACAUCACGACCAUCCCCAUCAUCCUCGUCCACCACACCACGGCGAACCGCAUCAUCCACCCCAUCAUGGCAAGCCCAACCUGACAGUCUACGAACUCAUCAGUAAGAGCAACUACACCACGAAGCUCGCCAAGUUGAUCGAUGAGUACCCCGACCUUGUCGACAAACUCAACAGCACCAAGGCCAACUACACCGUCUUCGCCCCCAUCGAUUCAGCCUUUGAGAAGAUCCCACAUCACGGGCAUCACAAGCCCUCCAAGGAAGCCAUCGAGAAGGUUCUCCUCUAUCACAUCACCGACGAUCUCUACCCUGCCGGCCGCGUCCUCCACUCCUACACAAUCCCCACACUAUACGAGCCCAGUGAUCCAGAUCUCCUCGGGCACAAGCAGCGCCUCACAGUCCGCGUAACGCUCAAGGGCCCUGCGAUCAACUUCUACAGCCGCAUCGUCGCUGUCAACAUCUUCGGCACAAACGGUGUCGUGCACGGCAUCGACUCGCUAUUAGUUCCUCCCCCCAACGUCGCAAGCAUCAUCGACCUCCUCCCCGGCGAGUUCAGCACCCUCGAGCUCGGUCUCGACAAGACGGGCUUGUAUGAUUACAUCAACAGCACAGAGUACCCGCAUCACGGCGGCACAUUCUUCGCGCCUAGCAACUUCGCGUUCAAGAAGCUAGGCACGAAGAUCAACGCAUUCUUGUUCAGCAAGUAUGGCGAGAAGUACCUGAAGGCGCUGCUCAAAUACCACGUUGUCGUUGAUCAGACUUUGUACACGGAUGCGUACUACGAUGCCACUGAUGAUGAGGAUGGGGAAGUCUCGACUCGUCCUCCGUACUACCAUCUUGAUCUUUCUACCGCGCUGGAGGGUAAGUCUCUUGCGGUUGAUAUCACGCGCUACGGUCCGUUUGUUUCAGUCAGAAUCAAUGGCUUCUCGCGCGUCACUGUGCAUGAUGGCGUUGCUAGCGACGGUGUUAUUCAGGUUUUGUCUGAUGUGUUGAUCCCGCCCAAGAGGCCCGGUGGCGAUGACGCUGCUGAGGGAUUCUGGCAGGGUGAGGAACUUGGCGUUGAGGAGUUCAAAGAUAGGCUUGAGCCGUUUGUUGAGGAAAACCUUGAGUUGUAG